CUCAGCCUCCCAAAGUGCUGGGAUUACAGGCUUGAGCCACCGCGCCCGGCCUAGUGCUAACUUCUUCCAUGAAGCUUCUUGCAAUCACACCAGCCCAACAUGUGAUAUGGUCACAGCAUGGGAUGGUGGUCAGGGCCCUUUGAUGGUUGAUGAGAUGAAGACCCAGAAAGGCAAGGGAGUUUGCCCUAGGGAGCCUGGCAAGUGAGUGAUAGAGCCUGGUCUAAAGUCCAGUAUAUCUCUCUUGUUGCUGUUUUCCUUUUUUCUUUUGUUAAUUUCCACAAGAAUUUACAUGUCCAUAGUUAAAAACAGAGAAGUGUAUCAAGUAGAAAACAGUAGCAAACUCUCACCCUUAUUCCACAUGUCAGAGUUGCAUUCGCUCUCAGGCAUCCAAAUCCUUUCCCCAUAUACAAACGUCCAUCCAUCCAUAUAUCCAUCCAUCUCUCUGUCUAAACACGCAUGCAUUCAUUCAUUCACUCAUUGAAUAGUGCAUUGAGAACCCAUUAUAUGCCAAGCCGUUGCUAGAAUUAAGGAUGCAAUAGUUAAAUAAAGCAGAUGUGGUUGCUUCUUAAGGAGGUUCCUGUAUAUUAUGAAGAAAACAGACUGGGUGCAAUGAGUAACAGCCUCCUUAGAGUGGCAGAUCUCUUACCUGGCUUUUCUGUCAAGGUGACCCUUAGAAUAUGGAGGUGUUACCUUUUAUCUUAGUCCAUGUUUUACUGCUAUAACAGAAUACCACAGCCUGAGUAACACAUAAAGAAAAAAAGUUUAUUUGACCUGUAGUUCUGGAGACUGGGAAGUCCAAGGGCAUGGUGCUGGCAUCUGGUGAGGGCCUUCUUGCUGCCUUAUCCUAUUGUGGAAGGGUAUGUGAGCGUGCAGGACAGUAUGGGGGCAGCACUUAUUCUUUUAUCAGGAAUCCACUUUUCCUGUGAUAACAGCAUUAAUCUCUUCACUUCUUACAGGCCCCACCUCUUAAUACUGUUACAGUGGCAAUUAAAUUUCAACAUGAGUUUUAAAGGAGACAUUCAAAUCAUAGCACCCACGUCAUCUAGGAAGAAGGAACUGUGUUUGCAGCAACUCUGUGAGGUAGGAAAGGGAGUCCUAUGUUGUAGAAACUGGAAGCAGCCCACUGUGCCGAGGAGCAAGUAGGAAGAGAUGAGGCUGGGUAGGUGGGCAGGGCCAGGGCAGAUGGGGCUCUGUAGGCUAUGGAGGAGCUGAGAUCUUAUCACAAGGAAAGUGAACAGCCCUAGGAUUAACUAUUGAAGGCACUGACAUAAUAUGACUUACGUUUUUAUAUUAAUAGCAAUUAUUCUGGCUGUUGUAUAGAGUAUAGAUUGGAGAACAGAAUUGGGUGGGGGAACUAGAAAAGGUAAACAGACUGGUGAAGAGGCUUUUAUAGUUAUCCAGGCAAGAGAUGAUGGUGACUUAGAAGACCAGGAAGAGAAGCAAGGGUGGAGAGAAAUGGAGAUAGCGAAGAUAUAUCAGACAUAUUUGAGGAGUCCUUCAGUUACAGAUAAUAGAAAACUAGCUCAAGCACAUUUAAGAAAAAAAAAAAAAAAGACUGGUUCAGGUACCUAGGCGGUCUAUGUGUGCAGCUUGCUUCAGGGCUUAAAUGAUGGUUUUAGGGCUCUGUAUCCUUCUAGCUUCCAUCUCUGCCUCUGUUCAUUUGUUUGGAUCAAUUCUUUAGAUUGUUGGUAGCAGAUAGAUUUAUUGCUAACAGUCCCAGACCAUAUCCUUCUUAGCAAUCUCAGCAAGAAAGAGACUUUUUUGAUGGCUGCUGCAGCAAGGCUCUGGGGAAGUCUCUGACUGGGUGUGGCUUGGCUUACAGCUCAUUCUCGAACUAAUCACUGAGUAGGGGCAGAGCAGGGUUUCUCCAAUGAGCCAGGUCUUGUAACAUGCCCAGGCCCUUAGCUGGGAGGACAGCUUCACCAGUACAGCAUGGACUGGGCUCCCUGCAGGAGUGUGGAGCCUUCCUACCAGAAGGGGCCAGCAUAGACCAAGAGAAGGGCACUGUAGAAUAAAGGACAUGGAGCAAAAUAACUGUUAAGACUAGCUACCAGAGACAGAGAUAAUCUGCUCAGCCUUGAAUUUGCCUCUUUGUCAAGGAAACAAGGAGCAGAAGAUGCUAAGAAGGAAUUGAGGUUUAGGCCAAGUGGGGAGGUGCUCAUCUGUUUUAAUUGGAUUUGUCUUGCCCCUGGGAUUGCUUGUCCUGGUGUAGGGUGAACUUGGAGAUAGUAUCUUUGAGAAGCUGUCAGGGAUAUUUCAGGCCAGUCUAGGGUAGAAGAGGGUUGGAGAUGUGGGUCGCAGUAUUCCACAGUUUCCUGCUGUACACAGAUUCAAUCCAGAGUCCUCAUCUACCUCCCUCACUACCUCCCUUGCUUUCUCUCCUGAGUCUUAGCCUCUCCUGGAGUCCCAUCUUCCCAGAAUAUGCUGUGGGCAUCUCCUCUUCUGGAACCAAUGAGCAAGCAGGGGCAGCCUUCCACCACGGGGAGCCCAGCUGUCAGCUGCCUCACAGCAAGAUGCUGCAUCGGCGGGGCAGCCCUGGCAUGGGUGUGCAUGUGGGUGCAGCCCUGGGAGCACUGUGGUUCUGCCUCACAGGAGCCCUGGAGAUCCAGGUCCCUGAGGACCCAGUGGUGGCACUGGUGGGCACCGAUGCCACUCUGCGCUGCUCCUUCUCCCCCGAGCCUGGCUUUAGCCUGGCACAGCUCAACCUCAUCUGGCAGCUGACAGACACCAAACAGCUGGUGCACAGUUUCACCGAGGGCCGGGACCAGGGCAGCGCUUAUGCCAACCGCACGGCGCUCUUCCUGGACCUGCUGGCACAGGGCAACGCAUCCCUGAGGCUGCAGCGCGUGCGUGUGGCGGACGAGGGCAGCUUCACCUGCUUCGUGAGCAUUCGGGAUUUUGGCAGCGCUGCUGUCAGCCUGCAGGUGGCCGCUCCCUACUCGAAGCCCAGCAUGACCCUGGAGCCUAACAAGGACCUGCGGCCCGGGGACACGGUGACCAUCACGUGCUCCAGCUACCGGGGCUACCCUGAGGCCGAGGUGUUCUGGCAGGAUGGGCAGGGUGCGCCCCUGACUGGCAACGUGACCACGUCGCAGAUGGCCAAUGAGCAGGGCUUGUUCGAUGUGCACAGCGUCCUGCGGGUGGUGCUGGGUGCGAACGGCACCUACAGCUGCCUGGUGCGCAACCCCGUGCUGCAGCAGGAUGCACACGGCUCCAUCACCAUCACACCCCAGAGAAGCCCCACAGGAGCCGUGGAGGUCCAGGUCCCUGAGGACCCGGUGGUAGCCCUGGUGGGCACCGAUGCCACCCUGCGCUGCUCCUUCUCCCCCGAGCCUGGCUUUAGCCUGGCACAGCUCAACCUCAUCUGGCAGCUGACAGACACCAAACAGCUGGUGCACAGUUUCACCGAGGGCCGGGACCAGGGCAGCGCCUAUGCCAACCGCACGGCGCUCUUCCUGGACCUGCUGGCACAGGGCAACGCAUCCCUGAGGCUGCAGCGCGUGCGUGUGGCGGACGAAGGCAGCUUCACCUGCUUCGUGAGCAUCCGGGAUUUUGGCAGCGCUGCAGUCAGCCUGCAGGUGGCCGCUCCCUACUCGAAGCCCAGCAUGACCCUGGAGCCUAACAAGGACCUGCGGCCCGGGGACACGGUGACCAUCACGUGCUCCAGCUACCGGGGCUACCCUGAGGCCGAGGUGUUCUGGCAGGAUGGGCAGGGUGCGCCCCUGACUGGCAACGUGACCACGUCGCAGAUGGCCAAUGAGCAGGGCUUGUUCGAUGUGCACAGCGUCCUGCGGGUGGUGCUGGGUGCGAACGGCACCUACAGCUGCCUGGUGCGCAACCCUGUGCUGCAGCAGGACGCGCAUGGUUCUGUCACCAUCACAGGGCAGCCCAUGACAUUCCCCCCGGAGGCCCUGUGGGUGACCGUGGGGCUCUCUGUCUGUCUCGUUGCACUGCUGGUGGCCCUGGCUUUCGUGUGCUGGAGAAAGAUCAAACAGAGCUGUGAGGAGGAGAAUGCAGGAGCUGAGGACCAGGAUGGGGAGGGAGAAGGAUCCAAGACAGCCCUGCAGCCUCUGAAACACUCUGACAGCAAAGAAGAUGAUGGACAAGAAUUAGCCUGACCAUGAGGACCAGGGAGCUGCUGCCCUUCCCUACAGCUCCUACCCUCUGGCUGCAAUGGAGCUGCACUGUGACCCCUGCCCCCAACAGAUGCAUCCUGCUCUGACAAGUGGGCUCCUUCUGCAAAGGAUGUGAUACACAGACCACUGUGCAGCCUUAUUUCUCCAAUGGACAUGAUUCCCAAGUCAUCCUGCUGCCUUAUUUCUUACAGACACAGUACACAGACCACCCACAGCCUUAUCUCUCUAAGUCAUCCUGCCUGCUGCCUUGUUUCACCAUACAUACAUUUCCUAGCGACACAGCACACUGACCACAUCGCCACCCUCUUCUUCCAGUGCUGCGUGGACCAUCUGGCUGCCUUUUUUCUCCAAAAGAUGCAAUAUUCAGACUGACUGACCCCCUGCCUUAUUUACCAAAGACACGAUGCAUAGUCACCCCUGGCCUUGUUUCUCCAAUGGCCAAUGGCCCUGAUACACUAGUGAUCAUGUUCAGCCCGGCUUCCACCUGCAUAGAAUCUUGUCUUCUCAGACAGGGACAAUGCGGCCUCAGCAUCUCCUGGAGUCUAGAAGCUGUUUCCUCUCCCCUCCUUCCUCCAAUACUGGCCUUUUCCCUCUCUGCCCCAAAUGAAGACAGUGGGCACUCUGCGCCCACCACUUGCACAGCUGUGCAGAGACCUGCAGAUGCACGUGCUGGAACACGUGUGGUUCCCCCCGGCCCAGCCUUCUCUGCAGUGCCCCUCUCCCCUGCCCAUCCUCCCCACGGAAGCAUGUGCUGGUCACACUGGUUCUCCGGGGAUCUGUGAUGGGGCCCCUGGGGGUCAGCUUCUGUCCUUCUGCCUUCCCACCUCUUUGUUCCUUUCCUUUUAUGUAUCCAUUCAGUUAAUGUUUAUUGAGCAACUACAGAUGUCAGCACUGCGUUAGGUGCUGGGGGCCCUGCUUGGGAAGAUCAAGUUCCUCCCUCAAGGACUCCCCAUCCAGCUGGGAGACAGACAACUAACUACACUGCACGCUGCGGUUUGCAGGGGGUCCCUGCCUCGCUCCCUGCUCCACACCUCCUCUGUGCUCAAGGCUUCCUGGAUACCUCACCCCCACCCCACCCCUAAUUCUUACCCAGAGCAUGGGGUUGGGGCAGAAACCUGGAGAGAGGGACAUAGCCCCUCACCACAGCUAGAGAAUCUGGUGGUAUCCAAAGUGUCUGUGCAGGCGUGGGCAGGUGGGCAGGCACCAAGGCCCUCUGGACCUUUCAUAGCAGCAGAAGAGGCAGAGCCCGGGGCAGGGCAGGGCCAGGAGUGCUUUGGGGACAUAGAGGGGACUGCCCCCCACCCCCACCAUGGUGCUAUUCUGGGGCCGGGGCAGUCUUUUCCUGGCUUGCCUCUGGCCAGCUCCCAGCCUCCAGUCGAGUGAGACUUCAGAUGUUCUGAUGCCUUCUGGAUGUCAUCUCUGCCUGCCCCAGGAAUGGAAGAUGUGAGGACUUCUAAUUUAAAUGUGGAACUCGGAGGGAUUUUGUAAACUGGAGGUAUGUUUUGGGGAAAAUAAAUGUCUUUGUAAGAAA